AUGGCAAACCAGACUCGUGCACUGAUUGCCAAAGCUAAGGUAGCUUCUGAACAUACAAACAACAAUGGUAAGGCUUUAAAAGUUUCUGCAUCUGUUACCAAUAAUAAAUGGAUAACUGAUUUCGAUGCUAUUGAACAUAUGAUUUGUGAUUCUAGACAGAUACAAACUUUAAAACCAUCCACCCAUACUAUAGUUAGUGUUGCCAAUGGUAAUGAUGUCCCCAUUAUUUGGGAAGGUGAUGUCUCCCUCUCUAAUACCCUGAAUCUUGAUUCAGACAUUCGAACUCGCAAGACGAUUGGUUAUGGUAUUAGGAAGGGAAAGCUCUACUACUUGGAGCUAACAUCCAACAAUUCUCGAAAUUUGACUCAAGCUCUUGCUGUGGAAAGAUCUCAUGAGGAGAAAGAUAAAGCUUCAAAGGAAGCUUUAGCUGAUCCACAUUGGCAAGCAGCAAUGAAUGAAAAGUUGAAGUCUUUGAAGAUGAAUGCUACCUGGGAGAUCACAGACUUGCCAGCUGAUAAGAAACCUAUAGGAUGUAAAUGGGUUUAUACUAUGAAGUAUAAAGCUAAUGAGAUAGUGGAUCACUUCAAGGCAAGACUGGUAGCAAAAGGAUACACUCAAAAAUAUGGAAUUGACUAUACAGAUACAUUUGCUCAUGUGGCUAAGAUCAAAACAAUUCGUGUUUUGUUGUCCUUGGCUACAAAUCUUGAUUGGCCUUUACAGUAG